AUGAACAGCGGCAUGAGCUUUGGCUCUGAACUCGCUGAUGUCUGCCUGUCCAGUUUCUCGACACCGUUUCGUGCUUAUGCUGCCAUCAUAACAGCGCCCGCGUUUGAUGGGGAAGAAGUCACACCAGUAUACGAGUACACAACCACCUAUGAGCCAAGCGGAAGUGUACGCGAGACAUCGGUCAUUUCAGAUGUCACAACGCUUGCAACUGGUCUAGCCGUGGCCGAUCCCGUCAUAGUGAACUGGCAGAUAGAUGAUGUUGACACAUUUCCAAGCGAGUACGUCAAGUCUUUGGUUGCGAGGUAUAGCGUACCCGCACCAGCCGGCACGUCCACACCCACAGUCAACGCAUUGGAGCCAACAACCGUACCCGCACCAUCAUCAUUACCCGAUGGUCUCAGUACCGGUGCCAAGAUAGGAAUUGGAUUAGGGGCGGCGGUUGCUGCCGCUCUCGUCGGAGGCUUGCUGAUAUUUUGGUGUCUACGACGACGUCGGGAAAUUCAUGCGAACGAUGUUGUCAUACCGGAGAUGGAAGACCAGGACUUCACAAAGAGUCAGCGUAGGUGGUACCUGGGCGGUGGGUGGAGGAACGAAGCAGAUGCCCAGGCGACCCAGAACGAGCUUGACUCAAAGCCAGUGCAUGAGUUACAUCAACCACCGGCUGAACUGGAGGCACACGAGCCUGCUGUCGAAGUCGCCAACGCUACGCUAGAGGUACAGAGAAACAGCCUAGAGGGCGUACGCAAUGAUGACGGUCCUCACGAGCGAGCGUGA